AUGUCAGAACCGGCCGUCGAAGAGUACACGAUUGGUUGGAUAUCUGCCCUGCAGGAAGAGUACGAGGCGGCUUGUCGAAUGUUAGAUGAUGAAUUUGAUGGUCCAGAGGUCGCCGAGGUAAACGACAAUAAUAACUACCUCUUCGGUCGCGUGGGUGGACAUAAUGUUGUCGUUGGAUGCUUGCCACAUGGUCGAUAUGGUACCAGCUCUGCUGCUAUGGUCGCCAAAGACAUGGUUCGAUCCUUCCCAAACUUGAAGUUCGCUCUCAUGGUGGGAAUUGGGGGAGGCGCUCCAACGCGGGAAAGAGAUAUUCGACUCGGCGACGUGGUGGUCAGUGUACCACAGGGCGAACUCGGAGGUGUUGUACAGUACGAUUUUGGGAAGCGUUUACCAAAUAGUCGAUUCCAGCGAACAGGCCAGCUGGACUCUCCUCCAGAGGUGCUUCUGGGAGCUCUUCCGGAGAUGCAAAGACGCCAUAAUGACCCGAGGAAGCCUGACAGAGUCGCUGAACAUUUGAAAUUGAUGGAUGAUAUGUUGGACUACAGACGCCCCGUUGAUGAUCGACUAUACCGUGCCGACUACGAACACAUGGGUGGAAAGAGCUGCGCGGACUGCCAGGCUGAUGGACUGGAGGAGCGUGCGCCCCGCAGUCCUGGUCGAGAAGUCGUUGUUCACUAUGGUAUCAUUGCAUCUGCGAACUCGGUGAUGAAAAAUUCUGGAGAAAGAGACCAGUACGCGAAAGACCCAGCACUAAAUAUAUUGUGCUUUGAAAUGGAAGCCGGUGGUUUGAUGAAUAGCUUCCCCUGUCUGGUGAUUCGGGGAAUCUGCGAUUAUUCUGAUUCGCACAAAAAUGAUGCAUGGCACAAAUAUGCCGCACUUGUGGCCGCUGCAUAUACGAGGGAGCUGCUUCAUAUUGUAAAGCCUAGAAAGGUAGCUGCACUGACGCCAUGGGUCAAAUUGGAAAGCUUGCUAGCAGACAUUCAAGAAGGAGUUAGCAAUGUUAUCCAUCAUCAACACAGUCAAGAGGAGGAGAGAGUCCUGGAAUGGCUUACGCCAAUUAGCUAUGGUCCUCAACAGAGCGACUUUCUCAAAAGGCGACAGCCCGGAAGUGGUCAAUGGCUUCUAGAAUUGGACGAGUAUAAAAAUUGGCUGAAGACAGGCAACCAGACAUUGUUCUGUCCUGGCAUUCCCGGAGCUGGGAAGACAAUUCUCACAGCAAUUGUGGUCAACGAGCUCUGCAAUAAGUUUCAAAGUGAUGCCAGUAUUGGUAUAGCGUAUAUAUACUGUAACUUCCGGCGACGGCACGAACAGAAAGCUGAGCACUUUCUCGCAAGUCUACUGAGACAGCUAAUUCAGGAGCGUCCUUCGCUGCCAGACAGUGUGAAAGCUCUGUAUGACCGCCACAGCAAGAAACAGACGAGACCAUCACUCGACGAAAUCUCGAAAGUUCUCCGCACUGUUGCGGCCCUGUACUCGAGAGUCUUCAUUAUUGUCGAUGCACUUGAUGAAUGCCAAGUACUUGACGGUUGCCGAACCAAAAUGUUAUCUGAGAUAUUCAUCGUCCAAGCCGAAUGCGCAGCAAAUAUCUUUGCGACUUCGAGAUUCGUUCCAGAAGUUAUGAUGAAGUUUGAAGGGAGCGUAUCAAUAGAGAUCCGUGCAAGCAGUGAUGAUGUACGGAGAUAUCUAGACAGUCAUAUCUCGCAGCUACCAAGCUUUGUCAGCGACAGUUUGGAACUGCAGGAAGAAAUCAAGACUGGAAUUGUCAAGGCGGUCGGCGGAAUGUUCUUGCUGGCACAUUUUCACAUUGAAUCCUUGGCUGGGAAGAUAUCGUCUAAAGAUAUCCGCACAGCUCUGCAAAUGCUCCCAACUGGAUCCGAUGCAUAUGAUCAUGCCUACAAGGACGCGAUUGAACGAAUCGAAGGUCAGCAUAAAGAGCAGAAAGCACUUGCUAAGCGAGUUAUAUCAUGGAUCACCUGCACAAAGAGGCCGUUGACUAUUUUUGAACUUCAACACGCUCUUGCAGUAGAAGUUGGCAUGUUUGAGCUUGAUAGAGAUAACUUCUCACCAAUUGAGCUUAUGGUUUCAGUGUGUGCUGGAUUAGUCACAAUUGAUGAAGAAAACGGCAUCAUCCGGUUAGUCCACUAUACGACACAAGAAUACUUCGAGCGAACACAGAAACAUUGGUUUCCGGACGCAGAGACCAAUAUUACAAAAACUUGCCUUACUUAUCUCUCAUUCAGUAUCUUUGAGAGUGGGAUUUGUCAAACGAGCAACGAAUUUAGGGACCGGCUAGAGUCUAACAGACUAUACAGCUAUGCUGCACAAAAUUGGGGACACCACGCCCGCAUGUCGUCGAUUGAAGGGGAUGAGAUGAUUUUGGAUUUUCUUAAGAAUAAGGCUAAGUUUUCUGCCUCCACUCAGGCCAUGUAUGAUUCCGGGAAGUACGACUGGUACUAUAGUGAAACUCAAAUGACAAAAUUGCAUGUUACUGCGUACUUUGGACUCACGCAAUUGACGGGGACCCUACUCGAUGAACAACAUAAGGACGCCAAUCCGAACAUUACAGACGGCUACAGCCGGACACCGCUACACUAUGCUGUGGAGAACGGGCAUCAGGAGGUGGUGAAGCUGCUGCUCGACAAGGGCGCCGACCCUAAUAUUGAGAGCCGCUACAGCGGCCAGACACCCCUACAAAAUGCCGUGGAGAACGGGCAUCAGGAGGUGGUGAAGCUGCUGCUCGACAAGGGCGCCGACCCUAAUAUUGAGAGCGGCUCCAGCGGCCGGACACCCCUACAAAAUGCCGUGGAGAACGGGCAUCGGGAGGUGGUGAAGCUGCUGCUCGACAAAGACGCCGACCCUAAUAUUGAGAGCCGCUACAGCGGCCAGACACCCCUACAAAAUGCCGUGGAGAACGGGCAUCGGGAGGUGGUGAAGCUGCUGCUCGACAAGGACGCCGACCCUAAUAUUGAGAGCCGCUACAGCGGUCGGACACCCCUACAAAAUGCCGUGGAGAACGGACACCAGGAGAUGGUGAAGCUGCUGCUCGACAGGGUGCUACUGUCAACAAGACCCGAAAUAGCCAGGAAAGAGCCCAGACUAGGGCACGAAUGGAUGAGAAAACGCUCUUAA